CGUGUUAUAUCCUCAGUCAGCAUUUUGCGCAUCUUUAGCGCAAGGUUGAGAUUUGGCUGUCAUUUUAAGACAAAAUUUGUUUAUGGGGAGCUCUAUGUUUUUAUGUGAUUGGUGCUGAGAAGUUAGUUCUUAUUUUUGACGUUAUUCCUUCUUGUUAUUUUAGCGGAAAGUAGGAGUAUUGUAGCGGUGAAUAAGAGAAAAGUUUUGUCUUCAGAGAGGCAGGAAGGAGCGGAAAAUAGGAGUAUUUUAGCGGCAAAUAGGAGAAAAGUAUUGUCUUCAGAGAGGCAGGAAGAAGAAAUUGAUUUCACAGUACAAGUACAAUCAACAAAGAAGGAUGAAUGCAGUCAACAUCCUAAAGAAAUGAUUACACAUGAGGCCCAAAGUUCGUGUGUUUCAGAUUCCGAACAAUCGUGUGACUCUGUGGUAUUAAGAAAAUCAACUAGGAAAAGAAAACCACCCGAACGGUUUCAAUAUACGUCAUUUUUCACAACAGCAGUGGUGCCAGAAGGGAAAAGGAAGAGCGUAGGCAAAAGGCAGAGUGUAGUCACAACAGCAGUGGUGCCAGAAGUCGCAGAAACGGAAGUUCCCAAAAUUAACGUUGCCAAAACAGAUGUACCCAAAAUUAAAGGGAAAAGGAAGAGCGUAGUCGCGGAAACAGAAGUUCCCAAAAUUAAGGUUGCCAAAACAGAAGUACCCAAAAUUAAAGGGAAAAGGAAGAGCGUAGGCAAAAGGCAGAGUGUAGUCACAACAGCAGUGGUGCCAGAAGUUACAACAGCAGUGGUGCCAGAAGUGGACGAACAGAUUAUGUUGCCUCCUUCCGGGAGAGAAAACAACAUGAGCUUGGCUGAAAUACUCAGAGAAAGGUCAAAAAAUAGCACAUAUUUGGAUAUUCUACCUGGAAGAAUAGGGAAGGAACUGACGCAUGAAAUGAAACUCGUUGACCAGCAAACUGAUAACAAACCAAUGUUUAAUGUUCAAAACAACUCUGAAUUCGAAACCACAGAUAUAAUUGAUGACUCGUUUAUUGAUGCAGCAUCGUGUGAAAAGCAACCAUAUAAGCCAUUGUAUGGUAAAAAAACUAUGGCAAAAGAACUGUCGCAUUUGAGUAUGGCCGCGUGGGUGUCACCAGCAUUGGUGACACCCAAGGGUACUCUAGGGCAUAUCUAUCUCAUGGAAUAUGGCGAAAAGGGGUUCCUCUAUGCCCAAAAAGAUAUCUCAUUUUAUGCGAUUGAUGGGGAUGUCAGGAUAAAUUUAUCAGAAAAAGUUUUCAUUGACUUGGAAAAGGGUGAUUGCUUCCAUGUCCCAAAAGGUUACGCAUACAAAUUGGACAAUGUGUCCAAUGGAUCACGCACGGUGCUAUUUUGUCGCUAUGAAUAAAUGUCUGGUACCAAGCAAAACAACAACAUAAAUGUAUGUACCAAUAAUUAUAUGUAUAUAUUUCUUAACUUA